GUGCGUCUCAGCCCCGCUGGUGUGAGUGUGUGCAUCGGUGCGUCGGCUGUGUGUGUGUGUGUGUGGAUGUGUGUGUGACUCCAGCGCUCUCUCUGCGUACGACAGGUGGAGAUGACAUGACUGCGCUCGAGAGGAAGAAAGGAAAGGACCUACGCGGUCAGCAAGUGUUCCUGCGUCCUGAGGAGAGUUCAGCUCCAGCUCUGACCAGCAGACAGUCCACCACGCUGUCCGAACAACUCCAGGAUGCUUUGCUGCGGCUGGCGGCGGUUGUUGACGCUCGCUCGCUGCAAGUGGCCCUUCGAGACAGCAUUCAGGAGCUGCUAUCCAGCACGGAGUGUGUAUGUGUCUACAUUCUGGAGGGAGACUCGAGGCUGCUGUCUGACGACCCGCCGCAUGAACUGCCUCUGGAGGGAAAGAUCAGGAGUAUCGCAGACCAGCUGAAGAGAUGUCAGUGUGCCGGCCUACCUCCAUCUGAGCUGCCAGAGAAAUACAGAAUCUGCCUCGCAGCACCGUUAGCGGCACACAGAAGAGCUGUUGUGAUUCCUAUCUUGAACCAGGAGCGGGACAAGGUCAUUACUGUCAUACUGGUUGGCUGUAAUCCACUGACUGAUCAGGAUGAACUGCAUCUUAACAUUCUGGAAAAACACGCCUCGGUGGCGUGCGUGCGAGUCCAGGCCAUUCAGACGUCCUACCAGAGGCCUCCCCUCAGCCCCUCACCUGUACAGUCCCACAAUGCACUGCUGCAUCUCAACGUAUCAGAGCAGGACUACUGCGAGCUGGAUCGCAACAUUCUUCAGCUCUGCGGCGAGCUCUAUGACCUUGACGCAGCCUCUCUCCAGCUCAAAGUCAUCAAUUAUCUGCAGCAGCAGACUCAAUCGCAGUGUUGUUGUCUACUACUGGUGUCCGAGGACAACCACCAGCUGUUUUGCCAGGUGGUUGGAGACAAAGUCCUGGAAGAGGAGAUCAGCUUCCCGCUGAUGUUUGGACGUUUCGGUCAGGUUGUUGAAAAGAAGAAGUCAAUUACGCUUCAGGACAUCAGUGCAGAGGAGCGUCGGCAGCUGUCCAGUAUGUUAGGCUGUGAGAUCUCCUCCAUGCUGUGUGUUCCAGUGGUCAGCAGGGCCACUGGUCAGGUGGUGGCAUUGGCAUGCACCUUCAACAAGCAGGGUGGCCAGAGACACACAGAGGCAGAUGAGCAUGCCAUCCAGCACUGUUUCUGCUACACUUCAACAGUUCUCACUUCAACUUUGGCCUUUCAGAAAGAACAGAAACUCAAAGUGGAGUGUCAGGCACUCCUACAAGUGGCCAAGAAUCUCUUCACACACUUGGAUGAUGUAUCAGUGCUGUUACAGGAAAUUAUAGUGGAGGCCAGGAACCUAAGUGAUGCAGAGAUCUGCUCCGUGUUCCUGCUGGAUCGAGUCAGUCAUGAGCUUGUGGCAAAGGUGUUUGACGGAGGUGUGGUUAGUGAUGAAGAGAAGGAGUUUCGUAUCCCAGCAGAUCAGGGUAUCGCGGGCCACGUGGCGACCACUGGUCAGAUCCUGAACAUUAAGGACGCCUACUCCCACCCUCUCUUCUACCGAGGUGUGGAUGACAGCACCGGCUUCAAGACUCGCAACAUCCUCUGUUUCCCCAUCAAAGAUGAGAACAACGAGGUGAUCGGUGUGGCUGAGCUGGUGAAUAAAAUGAACGGGCCGUGGUUCAACCGCUUCGAUGAGGAUCUGGCCACGGCGUUCUCCAUCUACUGUGGAAUCAGCAUCGCUCAUUCUCUGCUGUACAAGAGGGUCGGUGAAGCACAGUUCAGGUCCCACCUGGCCAAUGAAAUGAUGAUGUACCACAUGAAGGUAUCAGAGGAAGAAGUGACUAAGCUGCUGGUGAUAGGGAUCGAACCGGUGACAGAGAUCCACCCAUGCUUUGCUGAAUUCACAUACACGCCGCGCUCCCUGCCUGAUGACACCACACCCAUGUGUGUCCUCAGCAUGUUUGAAGACAUGGGUUUCAUCAACACGUACAAGAUUGACAGGCACACGCUCGCAAGGUUUUGUCUGAUGGUGAAGAGAGGCUACAGAGACCCUCCAUACCACAACUGGAUGCACGCCUUCUCUGUGUCACACUUCUGCUACCUGCUCUACAAAAACCUAGGGCUGUCCAACUACCUCGAGGAUAUAGAGAUUUUAGCUCUCUUUGUCUCCUGUAUGUGCCAUGACAUGGACCACCGUGGUACCAACAAUUCUUUCCAAGUCGCCUCGCAAUCUGUGCUGGCUGCGCUCUACAGCUCAGAGGGAUCUGUGAUGGAGAGACAUCACUUUGCCCAGGCCAUCGCCAUUCUGAACACUCACGGCUGCAACAUCUUCGAAAAGUUCUCCAGGAAGGACUACCAGCGCAUGCUUGAUCUGAUGAGGGACAUCAUUCUGGCGACAGACCUGGCUCACCACCUUCGCAUUUUCAAGGACUUGCAGAAGAUGGCUGAUGAUGGAUACAAUCCCAAAAGCCAAACCCACCGCUCCAUGCUGCUGUGCCUGUUGAUGACGUCAUGUGACCUGUCAGACCAAACCAAGGGCUGGAAAACCACACGAAAGAUCGCUGAGCUGAUUUAUAAAGAGUUCUUCUCUCAAGGAGACCUGGAAAAAGCCAUGGGGAACAGGCCCAGCGAGAUGAUGGACAGAGAAAAGGCGUACAUCCCAGAACUACAGAUCAGCUUCAUGGAACAUAUCGCCAUGCCCAUCUACAAGUUGCUGUCUGAACUGCUUCCUGGGGCCACUGAGCUGUAUGAGCGAGUGGCAGCAAAUCGGGAGCAGUGGACCAAAGUGUCCCACAAGUUCACCAUCCGUGGGUUGCCAAGCAACAACAGCCUAGACUUCCUGGACCAGGAGUACGAGCUGCUCCAGUCCCAGGGUGCUUUCGGGAGCGAUGACCACUGCCUCAACGGUUGCCUUGACGACGCAGAGGGAGGAAGGGGCCAGUGAUGACGGCGGGCUGCCGGCGGUUUCCUGGAGUUUUCUGCGGUCCAAUAAGAGGCUGAGGAUACCUUUUUAGCGACCUGAGAGGGAAUGGGUCUCUCUGCUGUCAAUCAGCCUUGAUUAGCAGGCCAAGCAGAACGGACACGACAAAGCUUCAAACCAACUGAAUCCGACGAGUGAUUUGAAACGAGUGGAUCCACCUGAGCCGACUCAGUGAUUUAGAUGCUACAUGUUGCUUUUGUCUCCAGUUCAGGAAAGAAGAUGGUGGUGACUUGAUACUUUUCAGCAGCUAAACUGGAAAAAUAAGUUCAUACCACAAGAUCGCACACACAUUCUGAUCCUGAUUAAGAUUGUAAAAACACACACACACACACACACACACACGCACACACACACACAUGCACAUCGUGUUUAGACACACAAAGACGGAGGAGACACAAUUCAUUGUUCUGGAAAAGGACUACGUCAACAUGUAACAGUGAGAUAAAGUGCUAUACUUUCUGUAAAAUGGUUCACAGUAUCUUAUAUUGAUUUCAAAUGACUCAGCUUUGUUCACACACAAGCAGCUGCCAACGUCCCUCACCUGAUGCUUAUGAAUGCAUGCUGUAUGGACACCUCACGUAUUAUUCCUUUAAACCUGCGUCAGUGUUGAUUUCUCCAUGGCUAAGAAAUGAAUGCAGUCCAUUUUUUAUACCAUCAGAGCAGAGUUUUGUAUUCAAAGUAUAUUUAAUUAAUCCAUGAUCGUCAAGUUGUACAAGGGAGAUUUUGUCCAUUUCCUCAGAAAAGAUUUUAGCUCUCACGUGUUCCGAUUCCUUUUUUAACCCUUUUUUUUGAUCGCUCAAGGGACAAUUCGACAAUCACUGAUCAAUAACCGAUCCCUGGCCAUAGCAGCUCUAUCCAUGCAUAAGACUUUAACUACAUAUGCCCUUUGCUUAUUAAUUUAGUAUGCAUUUACACCUCAAAACAAAGGCCACUUGGCCUUAUACCCUAAAUUUAUUUCUCUCAUCAUUUCCACUCCCUUGUAGUUUUUGUCACUUUCUUGUAUUUUUUAGUUGACAGAUUUCCUAAUUAAACAACUUGUGAGAGAGAGCAACUGAAGCCCUUUAAAAGAUCCAUCUCAUCCAUCUGUGUAAAUGUGCCAGAGUAGAGCGUGUUCUCCGGAGUGUGUCAUAUAUGGAUCUGCCUUAUUGCGCAUCUUUGCUGCCUUUCUUAGAGCUUUUAAUAUAUAAAAAUUGAAAUUUAAGCGUCUGUUUAGUAUGUUUGUUGUAUGUUUGUUAUAGACAUAGUUUAGGGUAUCGGUGUGCGGACUGAAUGAUCGCCAUUGCUCAGAAGAUGUACAUUUGUGAAAUAACUGUGUGAAGACCUCAGAUUUUAUGUCAUUUCACUUCUUUCUAUUCUAAGUUAUGUAUACAGCCACUAGUGGAUAUUUGGCAGAUACAACAACCUUUUUUCUCAGUUGUCAGUGCAGACAUAUUUGUUUUUUAAGAAGGAACUAGAGAUGUAGCCGUCAUAGAAAUUACUCUUUCCUGAAAGCACCGACCGGUCGCUAAUUGCUGCUGCACUCCAAAGGAAAUGUUCGGAAACUUAAAGUUCUCAGAUUGUGCCUCGUAGGAAACCUGACACUUUGGGCUGUGGGGGUUUUGUGUUACAAUAUGCCAUAUUCAGUUUUACCUCACAAUGCUUUUAAAUAGGAAAUGCUGCAGAGUCAGGGAAAGAUAAGAGUUACACAAAGAGAGAUUUCUGUAAUGGACGCCACUGUAUGUAGGCAGUGUGUGGACAGGGUGACAGUUACUGAGCGAAAGAGUGGAUGUGUGGGUGAGAAAAUAAGCGAGAGAGAGAGAACUGGAGGCAGUUGGUUUAAGAUCAGGAAAGAAGUGUUUAGUGUAACUACUCAUUACAAAGCUUCUGUUGACAGAGAUGAGGCAAACCUCAAGUGAUCCACUAGAAUUUCUUAAAAUAUCUCCCCUUUUAUGCAGCCCCAGAUUAAUGCGAGUGAAGGUAGAUGAAAGCAAAAAUAUUGCAAUCAUAGGAUUUAAAUAUAUAAUUUUUCUUUGAGAGUGUCUCAUGAGGAUCCAUUAGGGGGGAAGGUUAAUUGGUGAGUAAAGUGGUUUGAUGUAUGUGUUCUACCUACACUGGGAAAUCCAUUAGCAAGACUGGAUGAAAUCGUUUGAUCUGCUGUGGUUUGAAACAUGGACUGAAUAUUUUUACUAUAAAGUUUUUAAAGGGCAGAUUUGUUUGUAAAGCACAGUAUUAGGACCAUGUUGAAGAGGAACAAUUC